GCGACUACCCCUUCUCUCUCUUCAUAAUUAGCUGGGUCUCUGACAAUGCAGUUUGAGCGGAUGGGCCAGCGCAGUGGAAAAACAUGUCUCAAUCGGAUAUUGACUGAAAAAGAGAACCGUUGUUGGCAACUGUUCAGUUUUGCAGGGUGACAGGAGCGGGUUACAAUAAUUGAGCACCAUUUCUUGGAAGCAUCCACUUUCUGUUUAGCUAAUAAAGAAGCCGCGUCUGUAUAGCUGUUUUCAGCUUGCCUCCGCCUGAUAAGGCGGUUACCAAACAAAACAAACAAAACAAAAAAUGUCUUUUGUCGUAAGCGGGCUCAAAUCGAAGAUGUAUCCCGGACCGGUGUUAACGGUUCUGCUCUGCAUCUUCAGCCGCAUCAGCAUCCACAGCGCUGUGUCCUCAACAUCCCGGAAGUGUGACGACUCCCUGGCAACUCCUCUGGGCUACAGCUUGUUCUCAGGCUCGUCGGUGCUGUCUACAGGGUAUGGGGCCGGAUACGCCAAGCUCAACAGGAGAGGAGGUUCCGGGGGAUGGUCUCCCAUGGAUACGGACCGUUACCAGUGGUUACAGGUGGACCUGGGCAGCAGGAAGCAGGUGACUGCGGUGGCUACGCAGGGGAGGUACAGCAGCUCUGAUUGGACGAGGCAGUACCGCCUGCUGUACAGCGACACGGGGAGGAACUGGAGACCGUACCUGCAGGACGGCAACAUCUGGACCUUCGCCGGGAACUCCAACAGCGAGAGCGUGGUUCGCCAUGACCUCCAGCACGCCAUCCUGGCCCGCUUCGUCCGCUUCCUGCCUCUGGACUGGAGCGAGGAGGGCCGCAUCGGCCUCAGGGUGGAGGUCUACGGCUGCUCCUUCUGGGCGGACACAAUCAGCUUCGACGGCCAGAGCGUCAUCUCCUACCGCUUCAAGCAGAAGAAAAUGAAAAUCCUGAAAGACGUGAUCUCUCUGAAGUUCAAGACCACAGCUGGGGGCGGGAUCCUGUUGCAUGGAGAGGGCCAGCAGGGGGACUACAUCUCCCUGGAGCUGCACCGAGCCAAACUACAACUCAUGAUCAACCUGGGAAGCAACCAGUACGGUUCCAUCCAGGGCCACACGGAGGUGACCAGCGGAAGCCUGCUGGACGACGACCACUGGCACUCCGUGGUCAUCGAGCGUUACCGGCGCAACGUGAACUUCACGUUGGACCACCACACGCAGCACUUCCGCACCAACGGGGAGUUUGACCACCUGGACCUGGACUAUGAGAUCAGUUUUGGGGGCAUGCCCGUCUCUUCCAAGCCCAGCUCGGGGGGGAAGGAGAACUUUGUGGGCUGCAUGGAGGACAUCACCUACAACGGAGACAACAUCACCAACCUGGUGAAGAGGAAGAAAGUGGACACCUCGAGCUUUCGGAACCUGACGUUCUCCUGCUCCGAGUCGCAGAGCUUCCCCGUCUUCUUCAACAGCAGCAGCUUCCUGCGGCUGCCCGGUCAGAGUGACAGCGACAUGCUGUCCGUCAGCCUGGCCUUCCGCACCUGGAACCCCAGCGGGCUGCUGGUGUACACGGCGCUGGGCGAAGGCGUGGUGGAGGUGGGCCUGACCGACGGCAAGGUCACCGUCUACAUCAGCGUGGCGCAGAGGAAGAAUACGCGCAUCGACAUCGCCUCAGGUUCGGGCCUGAACGACGGCCAGUGGCACACUGUUCACAUGAUGGCCUUCGAGCACCACGCCAUGCUGACCAUUGACGGAAACGAGGCGUCCACAGUCCGGACAUCCAUUCCCAUCCAGAUCAGAACCGGAGGAACCUACUACUUCGGAGGAUACUUCCUGCGUACCAGCACGCCGCCCUCGCGACGCUCCUUCCAGGGCUGCAUGCAGCUCAUCCACGUGGACGACCAACUGGCUGACCUCAGGGCCGUGGAGCAAGGCAUCAUGGGAACCUUCGAGAACGUCAGCCUGGACAUGUGCGCCAUCAUAGACAGGUGUGUUCCCAAUCAUUGUGAACACGGAGGCCACUGUUCCCAGACCGGGGACACCUUCAGCUGUUCCUGCAAUGGAACCGGAUACACUGGGGCCACCUGUCACACCUCGGUGUACGAGCAGUCCUGCGAGGAGUACAAGCACCUCGGGAAGACUUCAGGGACGUACUGGGUGGACCCAGAUGGCAGCGGCCCAAUCGCCCCCUCCAAGGUCAACUGCAACAUGACGGAGGACAAGGUGUGGACGACGGUGAGGAACAACCUGUCUCCUCAGACGUCCAUAAGCCGGUCCGACCAAGAGGGCAAGGCCGUGCUGCUGCUCAACUACAACAUGACCGCCGAACAGGUGUCAGCAAUCACAGACAGUGCAGAGUACUGUGAGCAGCAUGUGGCCUACGCCUGUAGGAUGUCUCGCCUGCUUAACUCCCCAGACGGAGCUCCGUUCACUUGGUGGGUGGGGCGAGCGAACCAGGUGCACUCUUACUGGGGGGGUUCAGGACCAGGGAUCCAGAAGUGUGCGUGUGGGAUCGAGCGGAACUGCAGCGACCCCAAACACUACUGCAACUGUGAUGCCGACCAGAGGCAGUGGAGAGAGGACUCGGGCCUGCUGGUGUAUAAGGACCACCUGCCAGUCAGCCAGGUGGUGGUAGGGGACACGAGCCGGUCUGGCUCCGAAGCUAAACUCACCGUCGGGCCCCUUCGUUGUCAGGGAGACCGUAACUAUUGGAACGCAGCUUCGUUCAACACACCGGCCUCCUACAUGCACUUCCCAACCUUCCAGGGAGAGACCAGCGCUGAUAUCUCCUUCUACUUCAAGACCUCCUCCACCUACGGAGUCUUCCUGGAGAACCUAGGCAACAGUGACUUCAUACGCAUAGAACUGAAAGGGUCCUCCGUCAUCUCCUUCUCCUUCGACGUGGGGAACGGGCCGGUGGAGCUGAGCGUGCGCUCGCCCGCGGCGCUCAACGACGACCAGUGGCACCGCGUGGUCGCCGAGCGCAACGUGAAGGAGGCGGCGCUGCAGCUGGACGGGCAGCACAGGGACGUCCGGUCCGCCCCCACCCAGGGCCACACCCGCCUGGAGCUGUACAGCCAGCUCUACGUCGGUGCUUCCGGCGGCCAGAGAGGCUUCCUGGGUUGCAUCAGGGCUCUGAAGAUGAACGGGGUGACCCUUGACCUUGAAGAGAGGGCCAAGGUCACACCGGGGGUCAAUCCUGGCUGCCAGGGUCACUGCACCAGCUACGGGAUGCACUGUCGCAACGGGGGCAAGUGUCUGGAGAAGUACAACGGCUACUCCUGUGACUGCACGCUGACUGCCUACGACGGACCCUUCUGCACUGAGGAUGUGGGGGGCUACUUCGAGACAGGAACCCUAGUGCGGUACGACUUCCUGCCGGAGGCGCAAUUUCCUGUGGCUCGGGAGAUGAAGAGCCUAUCAGGGAACCUUCCCACAGAAGCCAACCUGACUCAUGAAGAGCUGGUGUUCAGCUUCAGCACCUCCAACACCCCCAGCAUCCUGGUCUACAUCAGCUCCCGGACACAGGACUACCUGGCCGUGGUGCUGCGACAUAACGGUACACUGCAGAUACGCUACAGCCUGGGAGGUCUGAAGGAGGCCUUCGUCAUCGACCUGGACCAGCGCAACAUGGCCAACGGGCAGCCUCACCACGUGAACCUCUCCAGGGAGCUGAGGAACAUACGGCUGCAGUUGGACCACUACCCUGCUGUCUCAUACACCCUUCCGGAAUCUUCCGACGCUCAGUUCAACCUGGUCAAGACCAUCUUCCUGGGCAAAGUGUUUGAGACUGGCCAGAUCGACCCCAUCCUGAUCGAGAGGUACAACACGCCGGGCUUCGUGGGCUGCCUGUCCAGGGUCCAGUUCAACAACAUCGCCCCCCUCAAGGCUGCGCUGCGGUCCGGCACCAUCGUCGCCCCGGUAACGACCCAGGGCAUUCUGGUCCAGUCCAACUGCGGUGCCUCGCCCCUCACCAUCUCCCCCAUGGCCUCUGCCAACGACCCUUGGCACCUGGACUCGGCUGGUGCUCUGUUCCCAUUCAACGAGGAGAGGGUCAGUCGGGAUGGAGUAGACCGGAAUUCUGCCAUCAUUGGAGGAAUCAUCGCCGUGGUGAUCUUUAGCAUCCUGUGCACCCUGGUGUUCCUGAUUCGCCACAUGUUCCGUCACAAGGGCUCCUAUCACACCAACGAGGCCAAAGGGGCGGAGUCGGCAGACUGCGCCGACGCGGCCAUCAUCGUCAAUGACCCCGCCUUCACAGAAACCAUUGACGAGAACAAGAAGGAGUGGUUCAUCUAAAGACUACAUUUCCCAUGUUCCUGUUGGGCAGAGUGGCGCCUGUGGCCCAUAGUUGUGUGCGGGUGAAGCUCUGGAGAUGGAUUAUGGGAAUGUGAGUCCAGGGUGCCAUAGGGAGGAGUCCCCUCUACGACUACAGUGGAUGUGUGUGCUACCUAGGCUUGUCUUUAUUGUAUUUCAGUUCGAUUGAGGAGACGUAGGUAUAUCCACGUUAUCAGUAUUUCACAUUCAGAACUAUGUACUUUCGCAAAAAGCAUCCGUUGGACUGAGAAUCGAAACAAACAAUUGUUACACUUUUAUUUUUGCAUCGAUUAUGGUUGAUAAUAAGCUUUGAUUGUACAGACUUUAUGCCUGCAUUUAUAAGGUCGAGCACAUACUGUACACAAACGUCUUAAUAUAUUUUGCUGCCAAAACAGUAUGUCUCUUAAUUUCUUGAAACACUCAAGAAAGAGUUACCCUCCCCAUGUAUAGAACUAACGUUUAUGUCCUUGACAUUGACAUUUGAUUGUAAUGUAUUGUAUUGUAUUUAUCUAUUUAUUUGAUUGCACUGCAGUCACCAUUGUGUGUAGACUUCAACGGCAUGAUAGCAAAUGAGUAUGGCAUAUUUUCACGAGACCAUUUCAAUCCGCACUCUAUAUUUCAAUUACUCUAACUCACGCAUGUGUCUUUUAACUUGAAGGUUGUUUUUUGUUAUUUUUGUGCCAAAGCAUUCAGUGUGCUUUAAAGUAUCUAUUAUCCUCCAUUUUGAUGGUUGAUCUCAAACAGAUUUUAUGUAGGAUCUGACGUGAUACGUUUCCUGUGAGCAUAGCACUCUUCAUAUGAAAUGAACCUGACGUUCAGUUUUAGACAACACUUACGAUAUGUCUGAGUCUGACUACACAACCCUAUGACAUCUGAGGGGGCGGCUUUGAGAUCGUAAUGCGGGAAGCAUUUAAUUUGUAGACAUGACAAUAUCUGGCUCAAUCCAAUGUGCCUUCAGGAUUCAGUCACUUCAAGCCUUUGAUUAAGAAUUGUUUUUUAAAUAAUCACAAUAUCUUAUUCAACGGUAUUUCCUCCAUGUUUGAGACAAUCGUCACCUCAAGAUUACUUAACUAUCCAUUGACAAAUUGUGUAUCAACAAAGAUUAUAUGUUUUGUAGAUAGGCCGCAGCUCUAAGUCUUCUACUGAAGCCUAUCCAUAAAUUCUUGUUUACUUAAUUUAGUACCAAAACAGACACUUUUAUUGAUUGACAGUGUGCUCCAUGGUUUAGUAUAUGACAUGGCUUGAGUUCAGCUGUUUCCAUGUCAUUCUGGUUCAGAGGGCCGUGAUACUCCACAGCCACACUACACAUGAUCCACUCAUCUCCCUGUUGCCUAAUAGAUAUGCCUUUCGUAAUUAUCAAUGUGUACAUCUUUUGGGGUAUAUUUGUCAAUACUUAUUUUUGUUUAUUUUGUAUUGUAAAAAUGUAUACAGGAUGACUCAAGUGUUCAGAUGUGGUCGGGGUGUUAUAGUAACAAACAGAUAACACAGCAGCUUCUGAAUUUGGAUUAGUUUCCUGACUGAUUGUAAAAUGAAUUGACUGAAGACAAAAUCAGGGGCAGGGCACUACCUUCACAAACCAUGAACUCCUUAUGAAAAAGCUUCAAACAGGAAAUUCCAUAAUCACACAGUCGUCUGUGUGCAUCAGAAGAGUGGAAAUGUUGAAACCUCUUCAAAUACUUUUCAAGUACUAUUUGACCAAAGUCAAAUGUAAUACUAUUCAUCAGUCCUUGCCCACUGAAAGCAACAUUUAGAGGAAGGUGCUGGUAACAGGUUCUAACUUGUUUGCAUACUGUUUUACUUCUAUAACAUGUACUGUAUUCAUUGCCAAUCAAUGUAAUUAAAAGCACUGUCAGUGGCUUCACUAGAACAUGGUUUAUUGUUGUGAGAGAGUAGCAAAUCCCCUGAUAGUAACUCUGUUGCUAGUUGUGCUAAUUUGAUUUUGGUAGUCACAUACAGUACUGUGUUUUCCCUUGAUAUGAAAUGCAAGAAAAGCCCAUUUGAAUCUCAAAGGCAAUACCUUUAUAUUUUAUCACACAGUUUUCAUUUUAAGGAAAAAUAGCAGUCAUAGGAGAGCAAGUUUACUGCAGAACAAUGAUUUAUUACAAAGCAUGAGUACAUACUGCACUUAAAGCUAUCACACCCUGCACAGCACACUGUAGUAUAAUAUAGCAUAAUAUAAUAUCAUGUAUCACAAUGUAACAUACAAUUAAGGAGAAAACAUGUUUGAUUACUGAUGGAUUAUCUGUGUAUGUCUGAUAGUUAUCAAUCUUUACCAAGGAAUGGUUGGCAUCAGAGUUUACAGCACACUGCUUGACCACCAUUCACGUCCCCAUUUACAGCAUGAAAUGUAAACGAAACAACCAACACCAUGUUGCAGUACAUGAAUCUAUUUUACAUUAAUUCUUUUGACAUAUUUUGUAAAUUUCUUACUUGAAGGAUUGUCUACAAAAAUCCUUUUUAUCAGAUGUUUCAAUUAUAUUCAUUGCAUUUCGAAAUCUGUGUAAAGAACAUAUCUAGUUGAAAGUGUCUUUUGAAGAGGCUGAAAAUCAUGUUUCCAAACUUAAAUCAUUUAAAUACAUAUUGUGUUAUUUUAGUUAAAUAUGUCAGACCUGGGUCUGCGUAUGUAAUGUGAUUUUGUCUUAAUAUAAAACAUUAAAGAACCAUUGCC